GCCUCGACUCUCCCACUUCAGAACUUCCCUCCCAAUCAUUCUCCGCUCAUUUUCAUUUUGCUUUUGUUCUCUGUCAGACAUAUCACAAACACUUGCGUUUCUCAUUAAAAAAACCGCCAUGGGAAGACCUCAACAGCGAUACCGUGGCGCUCGUCAAAGACAUUGGGGUUCUUGGGUCUCUGAAAUUCGACACCCCAUCUUGAAGACUAGAAUCUGGCUAGGCACAUUUGAAACGGCAGAGGAUGCGGCAAGAGCGUACGAUGAGGCGGCAUGGCUUAUGUGCGGGACAAAAGCACGAACCAAUUUCCCAUACAAUCCGAAUGACACUCGAUCUACUUCAUCGACGCUUCUCUCAGAUACCUUGGCAGCUAAGUUACAUAAAUGUCACGUGGCAGCACUGCAACUGGCUGAAAACAAUGCAGCCAAAGACUCUUAUGCAACACAAUGUCAACCUUCAGCUGCUCCUGGUUACGGCAUUACCAGAAGCAAUAUCGGAGAAACCAAUUACUGGCGGCAACCGGAGAACCAAUGGGAAGGAAACGAGGAAAGUCAGGUUGGGAGUGAAGAACAGUUCAUCCCACUGGAAGAUGAUGAUGUAGAGCAGAUGAUAGAGGAAUUGCUUCAUUAUGGAUCUAUAGAACUUUGUCCUGUUGAUUCAACCUAGUCUAAAAUGUAAGCAUUUUCCAUGUGUUAAUGGAAUUUUUAUUUAUUAUU